CUCGCCCCCGGCCCCCGUCGCCCCCGGACCCCCCGAACCGGAGCCGCCCCCGGCCCGGCCCCGCUCCCUCGGCCCCGGGGGGGGCCCGGACCCGCCCCGGCCCCGCCGCCCCGGCCCGGCAGGAUGAUCAAGCUGUUCUCGCUGAAGCAGCAGAAGAAGGAGGAGGAAUCGGCGGGCGGCACCAAGAGCUCCAGCAAGAAGGCCUCAGCCGCGCAGCUCCGCAUCCAGAAAGACAUCAACGAGCUGAACCUGCCCAAGACGUGCGAGAUCGACUUCUCGGACCAGGACGACCUCCUGCACUUCCGGCUGCUGAUCUGCCCCGACGAGGGUUUCUACAAGGGCGGCAAAUUCGUCUUCAGCUUUAAGGUGGGCCAGGGCUACCCGCACGACCCGCCCAAGGUGAAGUGUGAGACGAUGGUUUAUCACCCCAACAUCGACCUGGAGGGCAACGUGUGCCUCAACAUCCUCAGGGAGGACUGGAAGCCCGUGCUGACCAUCAACUCCAUCAUCUACGGUCUGCAGUACCUGUUCCUGGAGCCGAACCCCGAGGACCCCCUGAACAAGGAGGCUGCCGAGGUCCUGCAGAGCAACCGGCGCCUCUUUGAGCAGAACGUGCAGCGCUCGCUCCGGGGGGGUUACGUGGGGGCCACCUACUUCGAGCGCUGCCUCAAGUGACCCCAAAAACAGAACCCCAACCCCUCCCCCCCCACCCCAUAAAACAAAAAAAAAACAAAACAAAAGCUCCAAUUCCACCGAUCACCCCACAAACCUCCUGCUGGUUUUGUGGGGAGGGGGUUUGUGGGGUUUGCUGUGCCCUGAGCGCUGUCUGGAGUGAUUCCCCUCCCCUAAAAUACACCCCCCACCCCCCCCCAAAAAAAAAAAAGAAUUCCCAAACUUCCUGUGCCUCCCAACCCCAAAGAAAACCCCCUAAAACUGCCUGAGCCCCCCCUCCCCCUCCCCACCCAAAGAAACCCCAAAAGUCCCCAGCCCCCCCCAAACCAACUGGGGGCUGUCUGGGUGAGGUUUUGGGGUUUGUCGAGUCCUGAGCGCUGCCUGGAGUGACCCCCCCCCCCCCUAAAAAUACCCCCCAAAAAAACCCCACAACUCUGAGAUUCUUCCCCCCCCCAAAAAAAAAAAAAUCAUCCCACCCAAAAGUGCCCAACUUCCCCCAAACCAACUCUAGAACUUUGGAGGGUCGGGCUGGGGGGGUGGGGUGGAUGUAUGGGGGUGGCAGAUCCCGAGCGCUGCCUCGAGUGAUCUCCCCCCAAAAAAACCCCAAAAGUCCCAAAAAUCUCCUGACCCCCUUCCCCCGCCUCCAGGACCUCCCCAAAAACUGUGGGGGGUGUGUUUGGGGGCACUGACCUCGAGUAACCCCCCCCCCCCCCAAAAAAAAACCCCCAAAUCCCCUCCCCCCACUAAAAAAAAAAAAACCCAAACCCCCAAAUCCACCUCCCCAAAAGACCCCAAAUCCCCCCAAAAUUCCCCUGGGGGGAGGGGUGUGGGGGUCACUUCAGCGCUGCCUCGAGGGACCCUCCCCUAAAAAAUCCCAAAAACCCCCAAAAUUCCCCCUCCCCCCCUAUUUAUUCCCCCCAGGGGACGGGGCAGCCCCUCCCCCCUCUGCCCCCCCCCCCCCCAGCGCUGCUCGGGCCCAGAUUAAAGAG